AUGUCAUCCAAAGAGGAGUGGGCUGCCCACCUCGAGGUGAGUGAGCUACUGCAUGCCAUCCACAGGGGAGUGGGCUGCCCACCUCCAGCAGUUGACAACGCAGCAGUUGACAACGCAGCAGUUGACAAAGCAGCAGUUGACAACGCAGCAGUUGACAACGCAACAGUUGACAAAGCAGCAGUUAACAAAGCAGCAGUUGACAACGCAACAGUUGACAGAGCAGCAGUUGACAACGCAACAGUUGACAACGCAGCAGUUGACAGCGCAGCAGUUGGGAAUGCAACUGCCAACGGUGCAGUAAAGUCUCUCUACACCAUGCCGCUCAAGAAGAUCUUGCUCUGGACUACGUUCUGGAAGAGCUACAAGUACUACGAAACCUUCUUCGCCAGGCUGCACAAGCAACAGUGUGAGGUGAACGCUUGUGUGGUGACUCAUGACCGCUCACAGCUCAGCAGCGCUGAUGUUGUGGUCUUCCAUACCAAUGACUUUCUGCAGUCCACUCCGCUGCCAGACCCCCGACCUCUAGCGCAGCCCUGGCUGGUCUUUUCUCUCGAGGCUCCACCAGUGCAAGCACAUCAGGGAAUUGGUCGCAUCGACUGGGGCCGCCUCAACAAUGUCGUGAACUGGACGAUGUCGUACCGACGAGACUCCGAUGUCGUGGCUCCUUAUGGCGUUGUCGUCAAGAGAACAAUACCGGAAAUCUGGAGACGUGACCACGACUAUACAUCCGGAAAAAAAUUCGAGAAAAUGACAGCUUGGAUGGUGAGUCACUGCCAGACGCACAGCCGCAGGGAAAGCUACGCUGCCGAACUAAGCAAGUACAUUCCAAUGGAUGUGUAUGGUUCAUGUGGUAACAAGAGUUGUGGAUUAAGCCUCGUUCACCGAAAUAUAGGGAAAUUCAACAGCAGCGACUGCGACCAGGUCACAGGAGAAUACUACUUCUACCUCGCCUUCGAAAACGCCUUGUGUGCCGAUUACGUAACAGAAAAGCUGUACCUGGCGUUGACGCGUGACGUGGUGCCUGUUGUGUUUGGGGGUGCCGACUACCAUUUCUAUGCUCCGCCAAAUUCAGUGAUCAAUGCUCUGGACUUUGCCACUCCUAAGCUGCUGGCGAACUUCCUGUUGGCAACCGCAAACAAUAGGACUGCUUAUAACAGUUACUUCGCGUGGAAGGAGGACUACGAAGUAGAUAUUGGAGAUCCGUUUCGUCCACACAUCUGUGAUCUGUGCGCAAAACUGCACCAGCAUCCAACGGUGCACCAAAAUGAAAGUUCACGGCAGCGCGUGGGGACACUUGCGACUGGCAGGCCUGAGCCCCACACAUACCCUGACCUCAGGGCCUGGUUCCUGGACCGCAACCCCUGCCGGCGCUGGUGGUUGCCCUCGGCAACGCCAUCGCGGCGCAGUGGUUAG